AAUGGCGGACGAAGUAGUGUUGAGCUUCCACGACAGUCUUCUUAGAAAAUCGGACCUUAGCUUGCUCGAGGAAGGUCGUUGGCUGAAUGAUAGACUGAUAGAGCUUGCUGGUGUACUUCCAAGAAACAAACAGUUUUCACCAUUAUGACUCACAUAGUUCAUUUAAUACUUCAGCUGCUAGAUCACUUGCACAAAAUGUGGAACCUUUCUUACACUGUAAAUCAGGACAAAACCCAUGCUUCAUGGAGGACAGAUGCCCACAACAACAAAACGGUUAUGACUGUGGUGUAUAUGUGGUCUGUGUCACUGAACAACUCUGCAACAAUUUUAUGAACAAUUCGAAAAUGUCUCUGGAUGAUAACUUAACUCCAGAAGACAUAAGGAAGAAAAGAAAAUCAUUGAAGGAUCUUGUACUUGGUCUGGGAGAGAAGAAAACAUGAUGCAGAAAUUGAUGGCAACAACACUAAGCUUUCAAAUGAAACUAUUUUGGUUCAUUGUAAUAGUAAAAUACUACCCACAAAACAGAAAUCACCUCUGGAAAAAAUAGAACAAACAAUUUAAAAUACAGAUAGUGGAGGUCAUCCAGUAACACUAACUUUGGAUUUUUCAAGAUUCCUUCAAGUGGAGUUUGCAUCAAGUUGGCUCACCAUCAUAUCUCAAAUUUACUUUGCCAGUCAUUUUUCAUGGCAAUUUUGAGUUAGCAGGCCUUUUGGGUUGGGGAAGGGGAGGUUAGGUGAUUGGUUUUUAGGGGGAGGGGUGCUGUAACAACUUGUUAAAGCCCUGACCCUGUUUGAAAUCAAGAGCAUCAGAGAAUGUAGAUAUUUUGCUAUGGGAAUGUAAGCACGUAAACCUCUAUGGUGUUUGUUUUAUGGCAUAUAUAAGGUCUGACAUUUGUAAUGUUUCAUCUCAAGAACUUCCCAAGAUUUAUGUUAAAUUUUUUUAUUGCAUUCAAAUUAGGCUGUUUUACUUCUAACCCUUAGAGACUGGUGCACCAGCAUUUGGAUCAGGAAUAUGUUUUAAUUUUUCUUACUGGGUUUUUGGGUUUUCGUACCGGGUGGCAGCAGAAAAAUUUUCUUAUCCUGAGAGGUGAUUCAGUCAGUACUAUUUGUUUACUGUUCUGUGUACUUUUGUUGGACAGCGUUAAACAUUCAGGCUCCUUAUUCGAGCUGCCUAACCACUCUUAACAACGAGUUGUGAAUUAAAUAGCAAUAAGUACCCUGUGAGGGACAAAACCCUUUAAUAAUUUAACUCUGUUUAAGGUCUAGUUAGAAAAAUUUCAAUUUUAAUUAGUAACAGUGGUAAUGAAUACCUAGAUAUAUAUAAUUUGUGAUUCACACUUUCUGAAAUGUUCUGAUUUCCAAUUUCAUUUUGCCUAAGACAAGCUAUAGUAUACAGUUUCUAUGAAUUUUCAUGUAAAAAAAUAUACCGGUACCUUGUCUAAAGGUAGAAGUAUAGAAUACAUACUCUGUCACUCCCAGA